AUGCCCGGCCACUCGGUGUCGCCCAUGGACCAGUUCCAUCAACAGCCCCACUUGCCCCAGCACAUGGCCUACCACUUGCCCCAGCACCCUCACCAGCAGCACCCUCACCAGCACAACCAGCAGCCUCAGCCAUCCGCAGACGACCUCGCUGCCCUCGCUGCCCUCGCUCGACCCAUCUCCCUUUCCCUCUCCAGAUUCAGCAGGGAAUGCACCGCAAGCGUCGUCUUCAGCCUCCAGGACUCCAACCAGGUCCUCGCCCCCUGGAACUCGAUCUACAUUCCAAAACACUACAGAGUUCCCAUCCCCGGUCAACGGCAAUCAUCUCCAGGAGAGUGCGACCUCGUUCUGAAGAUCUUCCCACGAUUGGAGACCUCGACCACCAAUGUAGACACCAUCAGGAUGCAGGAUUUGGUUAUGCCCUGCGAGCGGUGUCGGUUACGGAAGCGGGACAUUUUCCAGAUCGUUGGCCCUGACCCAACUGUGCCUUCGCCUCAACGGCUUUUCUUCUCGACGGGUGAGAUUCGUCUGUUUUUCAAGAUUUGCUGUCCACCAGGACAUCACACGACACCACAGGAGAGCGCUUCCUAUGUCUUGACCUUCGAGCUUCAUCACGGGAAACGCAUCCUCAUGUCGGAGACUGUUCGUGAUGCUGGACCAGGGUUGUUUCCUGAACCCGCCCCUACCAUCAUGGAAUUUGGAGCUGGCGCGCCGCCACGCAAACGAUCUGCCAUUAUGUCUCUGGACCACCUCAUCUCGGCAAAUGCGGCUUCGAUCCAGGCGGAUAGUUCUGCACCAUCAAGCGCCACGACUAUGACAGAUCCUCAUUCGCCAACCGCCGUGGUACCGUCAUCGCCCAACUCUUACAAUCAUGACCACGAUGAAGCAGGCAUGCGUGCAAGGACAAAGAGCAUGUCCUUUGAUGACCAGGCUCCCACAUCGUGGUCAUAUGGAAAAGGAUCAAGAUCCGGUUCCGAGCGUGCUGAAGACCCUCAGCCCAAAAACUCCUCCAGCGGGACUAAAACGCCCAAGAAGCGCCAGGAACCUCACGAGUUGAGUGAGUUGGGCAUCGGUCAGCGAGCUUCCGCCAAUUUGCAUGCUGCCUAUGUCAGCAGCCAACUUAAGGAACUCUCCAAAGCUGGUCUUCCCACGGACGGUGUUGUCCUCCCAGAAGGAUCCGCCAAGCCCAAGAGCAACAAGCCCAAGCCAUCUCAUGCCUGCCCUGAGCCCGAUUGCGACAAGAGCUUCUCACGCCUCUUCAACCUUCGUUCACACAUGCGGACGCACUCCAAGGCCCGCCCUUUUGUUUGUGAAUCAUGUCAAUUUGCAUUCUCCAGACGUCACGAUCGGGAUCGCCACGCCAAGAAGCAUUUGUCUGAAAAGCCCUACAAAUGUAUCGUAUGCGAGGCCACCUUUGUCCGACAAGACGCACUUGUUCGUCACCUUCGCAUGGACGGUGUUCUGAACCAGUGCAUGGCAGCCAUGGAGCAGCGCGCUCUGCAAUUGGGUGACAACAACAACGGAUACAUGUUGGCCGCUAAGCAGCAGGCCCACGACGAGCAGCAACAGGAGGACCGACGUGAUGCGGACGGAAAGCAGGGCGCUCGCCAAGCAAAUGGCUUGAAGAAGGCCAAGAACGAAAACGAUGACGAGAGCGCAGGAUACGUCAUCAACCAAGCGGGAGCUGAAGGCGAGCAUGCAGACGCCAAGAGCAGGUCCGAGAAAGCUCCAGAGGUCAAUGCUCCCCCUCCAGGAGCGUGUUCCUUGGCACCACUGCGUCAGGCCACGACGGCGGACUCCUCGGUCCGGGAAGGAGGUGUACAUCCGCCCAAGGGAGUGUUCUCAAGACCACCUAGCCCUCGCCAUCCAGCCGGACCAAACCCCAGUUCUGGAACAUUUGAUGGCCAUGCCAACUAUGACCACAGCAAGCCUCAUACGUUUACUCAUGGCCCACCACCUCCUGGUCAGCAGGAGUAUUAUGGGGAUGACCGAUACGGAGGAAUGGCCCCUCAACCUCGAUCGUUCUAUCCCAGUCCAUCGCGGACUCAUUCGCGAUCCCAUUCACAAUCGCAGUUGCAGUCUCAGCCCUACCCGAUGGGUCCUGACUACCACCCCUCCGGCCACCCGGAGUCCGCAGCUCCAGGCUACACAUACCAUGGAGCCCAACCUAAUUAUCCGGCAAUGGCUCCUCAGGGACCAGCCUGUCGCGAUCACCCAUCUGGCUAUGGGUACCAGAGACCUCCCUCGCCAUUGUCGACAUUGGCCCGUUACAACGAGCGCCCACCUCAAGGACAGGACACAAGGGCUUAUGGCUCGUAUGGAGAGCACCAGAGUGUUGAUCACUUUGAGUCCUAUCCUCUACGAGAUGCUGCCUUGGACAAACCUGUCGAAGGGAUUACCGGCGGGAAUCAGCCUUGGACGGCAUCGAACGGACCCGAGGCACUAGAGGAUCAAACUGACGAGCCUGACAAGUCGAUCUUCGAUGCUGCAGUGGGUCUUCUCCGUAUCCGUUCGUCCCAAUGGUGA